CCCCUCAUUAUCAAAUGUGAUAAUAGGUCCGAAAAUAAAGGGGAAGCCAUAGCGGCGUGCGUAGAACUCGGUGUAAAAAUGUCUCUAGGGCCAGCCUACAAUCCGCAACGACAAGGUCUAGUUGAAACUAGAUAUACCCCGAUCGUAAAAGGCCUUAUAAAGGCGACUAAUAGCACCGGCAGAAACUGGUCAAAACUGCUCGGAUUGAUUGUAUGGGCAGAUCGUACCUCAGUACGCGGCUAUAGGGUUAGCCCCUACGAAUUCCUCUAUAACAGACGACCGAUCUUGCUAAUCGAAAUCAGUCUCCCUAGCUAG